ACACAAGUAAUUUAGUGGCCAAUACGAGUAGACAAUAAUUUUUACUUUUAAUAUUAAAUGAAUACAAAAUGUCUAUAAGAGUAAUAUCAUCGCAAUUGUUGUUAUUUUCUUCAUUUUUUUUAUUUGGCCAUGCAACCGAUGAACACAUUGAAGUAUCUUGUAACAUAAACGUUAAAAAACCUACUCAUUGUGUUAGUGAAAAAUUUCUCAGUAUAUCUGUGGAUCCGGCAGUUCUACUAGCAGGAGUAAAUUUAAGCGAAUCUUCUCUUUGCUUAGCCAAGCAUUUAAGCCCCGCGUUCAUUCGAAUAGCAGGUCCAACAACACAGUUCAUGAAAUAUGUGGAUGUCGAAGAGAGUUCUCAUAAGAUGCUUGCAGAUGAUGGUGGCAGCGUCAGAAUUUCUCCUUCGAUGUGGUUUGGAGUUAACGAAUGGUUCAAAUUAGCUAAAUUGACUCCCAUUUUUGCCAUAAACGAUGAUCAAACCGAUAAAGGUGUUUGGAAUCCAAAAUCUACGCUACCACUUUUCGAAAUUUCUGAUCAACUUAAUGUUAGUUGUUACUGGCAACUUGGAUACGAUAAUUCAGACAAAAACGAAACGCGCUAUAUACAAGAUCUGAAUAUAUUGCAUUAUAUUUUGGGAGCCUAUGGAGAAAAAAAUGAUACUUGGAAAAUAGUAGGAAGUGAUAUAAGCGCUAUUCCUGAAAAUCAAAUUGAAAAUAUUAUGAUGGAACUGAAUGGUGUUGCUGAAACUGUUAUAUGGGAACCGAAUGGCAUAGACGUGAACAAUUUUCCAACAAAAGAUGUCAUUUACAAAAUACUACAACGUCCAAGCUCUAAGCCAAGGGUCAAAGUAUGGACCACCGUUCCUAAAUCAACAGAACCUGUAACUUUUUCAUCGGCAUUACUGUGGGCUAAGCAGAUUGGUAACUUAGCAAAGAUGGGAUAUGAUGUUGUUUUCAGACAACCACGUAUACACGAACUGUUUACUGCCACUCCGAUAUAUUGGUGCUCGCUUCUACACAAGAAACUCAUGGGAUGUAAUGUGCUAGAAACAAAAUCAAAUUUAUUCCAAGAGGAUACAAAUAUUUUCGCCCAUUGUACUAGAAAACAAAACAGCUUUGUACGUAGAGGAGCGCUUACCGUUAUGAUUGUGAAUGACAAUCAGAAUAAAUAUAAAGUAAAAGUUAAAUUGGGAAAUACUCUACCAGAAAAAUCUAUGGAAGUACAGUCGUACAUUUUAACUUCAGAUAGUGCAAAUUCUACCGGAACAUAUUUGAACGGAAAACUCCUAGCCCCUGAAGUUUUUCAUGAAAAACAACCUUUCGAACCGAAGAUUCGUCGAACUAAAUCAGCAACUCACAUUCUCUUAGCUUUGCCGCCAUUAUCUAUCGGUUUCUUUGUUUUACCUGGAGCUAGAGCUCCAACAUGUAUCGACAAUGAACAAGAAACUAAUUUACUCCUCGAAGAAAUAGAAGAAGAUCAACAGAUGCCGUUCUCCGAAGAAGUAGCACUUCAACUGGGACCAAGAGGAAAAUUUAUCAAACAUAAUUUACUAGAAGAAAUCACUAAUAAUCUUAAGAACGAAAUGAAGUUUGAUGAGAGAUAUUAUAACAGUUUUGUCAAGCAGGAGCUAACAGUGUUAGAUGCCGAGCAGCAGCCACCAGAGAAAACUGAAGAUAAAAUAGACCAAAAAGAUAGGAAACAUUUCAUCGAUAAACUUAAGUUCUCAGAUAAACAUAAGAAAGUCUUCGAUAUUGAAAAAAAGAGAGAAAACUUGAAAAAAUAUCUAUUAGAAAAGGCAAAGUCAAUGAAAUUUGAAACAAAACCAGAGAAGAAACAGACUAAAUUAGAGCUGACUAGCGAUGAAAUUGAGAAUAUUUUGAAAGAAAGAGCUGUUGAAAGAGCUGCCCAGAAAAACAUCAAGUUUACAGAUGAAGAGCUAGACGCGUUGUUGAAAAAAGCUAGUAAAAAUUUUAACAAGUCUAGAAGUAGGAGAUCUGCAUUACCAAAGGAAAGAAGAGCCAUCAAUAUGCCACUGUUGGAAAAGUAUAGUCGGAUGAACGAAAAUCAGCAUUUGGAUGGUCAUCAAAAUACGGAAAUAAAAAGAAUACCGAAUUUCAGUAACAAGAAGAAUGUACGAGAAAGACGAGCUGUAAACCUAGACCUGGCGGAUCUGAAGGCUAAAAUUGCCGAAAGAAAACGGUUUUGGGAAGAUAAGAGAGAAGAACUCAUAGGAAAUUCAAUAACUUUGAAAGAAAAUAUAAAAGACAAAAUAAGGGGUUUGAAAUCAAAUCUCAGGUUUAGAAGAGACAUCAACAUGGAUCUUUUGAAUAAAAACGCCAAAGAUCCAAAAAUUGUUAAGAAAAGUAAUAAAUCUAAGCCGAAGGAGAAUAUUAGAGCCACGAUUCGUCAAUCAGGAGAAACAAGUCUGGAUGUUUUAGAUGAUUUUCAGCGUUCUGAAGAUACAGAAGGAAGUCGAGCCAACGGUGAAAUUUUUGCAGAAUUAGCAGACUCGGAAGAAUUAGAAGAGCAAAUGUUCAUUGAUGCCAACAACGGUCCUAAAUUCAAAAAACAUAAACUAUUUGAUAAAAAACCUAAAGUCGAUCCUUUCGGUAUCGAACAUCCGACUAUAGAUAUAGUUGAACCAACUAGAAGAAAGCACAAGAACAAAUCGAAAGGCAAAGCUGACGAUAGAUUACAAUUUUUAACAUCUUCUGAAGAGUUUACUGACAUUGAAGAGGAUCUACCUUGUAUACACGAAUUUUUCGGACCAGAAUAUAGUAAAAACAAAGGUGCCAAAGCUAAAGGAAACAUUCCAGAAAUUAAUGAAUACUACGAUCAAAAAAUAUUCAAAAAGAGAUCAGUUGGCACAGAAAUGAAUGAACGAAUUGCUCGUGAGAAACGUGACACGGGUAUAACAAUUAUUGAAAUAUUUGAUAACGAGUUACCAGCUUCCGAUAUCCUUCCAAGUUUGAUAUUGGAUGAUCCUGUUUUGGAUAGGCCGUUUCUAAACGAGAUAUUCGUAUAUAAUAAUCGUGAACCCUACUAUGAUGAAACACUCAAUAAAACAUCUGAUGAAACACUCUCUAAAACAUCUGAUGAAAUACUCAAUAAAACAUCUGAUGAAACUGUAGGUAUGGAGACUACUAUCGAAGAUAAAAUUGUGAAGGAUCUGAAUAAUGAAACAAAUAGUUCUUCGAAAAUAUCAACUGAUAAUCAUGUGGAUGAAAUUACUGAGACGACAGUACAAUUUAACGAUUCUGAUUUACGCCUAGAAAAUGGAGUUACAAGCAAAGAUUUAGAUUCAAUACAAGAUCAAUAUAUUCGAGAAAGGCGUAGCAUUCAAAAAGAUCUCAAGCAAGAGAAAUUUUUGGACAAAACAUAUUCCAACAAAGAGAAAGAAUCUAAAAAAGACGAAACGUCUAUGAAGAACUUAAAUAAUUUGAACGAUCAAAUGUACAUGAUACGAGAUAAACUUCAAGAGAGGAAAGACGAGCUUGAUAAAUUGGUACAAAAACAAUUAAAAGACGAUAAGAAAAAGCGAAAAAUUAGUAAAUUGAACAUUGAAAAACGAUCUCGUCCAAACCAAGGAGAUUGGAAUUUUAAUAUUGAACUCCCGAAACUUUAUACUGAAGAUACACAGAAACAAAAAUUAAAUCACGAUGAUAUGAACAAAGUGCGUCGAUCGAUAUUUCAAACGAAAAACGUGUUUGGUGAUUACCAGUCAAUGACUUCCGAUUUAAAACCGUGGAAAUCUUCUGACGUUUCUUCAUUCAAAAGAGAUUUAUAUGCUGUAAAUCCUAAUUUAAUACCCCCUAAUGACUAUUAUUUAUUCAAAAAUAUCAUAAGCGCACCAAAAGAUACUAGAAAAAGACGAUCAAUUGAUACAGAUGUAGAUUUUAAUGAUAAUGCUAUAGACACUAGCAUUAACGAAAUAAAAAAAGAAGACUAUGAACAAACACCAAAAACUUAUAAAUAUGGUAAAAGUGAACAAGAUAUUCAAGAUGAGGAAUUUCUCAAAUUCAAGCUUCCUAAUAAUGUUGAACUUGAAAUAGUUGAUAUGGAUGAUAUUAAAACAGACAAAAAUAAAGAUAUUCUAAAAUAUGAUGAUAAAAACGAUAGACAAAAGAAUGAAAUUGUUAAUAAUCGAUUGGACAAUUCACCCACAAAUAAAAUUGAGAAUCAAUCAGAUAACGAACAUAACGAAGAAGAUGAUGCAAGAUUAGAUGUUAUGUUGGCGGAUAAUUUAUUCAGAUUGAAACUCCCGAAUGAAGAUGAGCUUGAUUUUAUUAACAACGGAGGUGAUACGGGAAUAAAAUUAAUUCAUAAUUCUGCUAUUAACGAAGAUAUGGAAGAUGUGAAAGAAUUCAUUCCAGAAAUAACCCCAAGAUCUAUUAAAAGCGUCGAUACAUUCGUUGAUGAAAUCAAAAAUUUUUUCAAUCAAAUUGGGAAAGAAUUGAAAUAUUUUUUCAAUAAAUUCAACAAUAAUUGAUUGUUGUUGAAAGUAUGUUAGUUUAUUAUAAUUAUUUAUUUUACAAUUAGUAAUAUUGUUCACUAUAUGAAAAUAAAUGCAUUUAGUUUCAAAUUGUUA